AUGUCCAUCUUCAGCUCUAAAGAAGUCCCAAAGGGGCCCAACGAUCCUAUGAAGGAUGCCAGUCAAUCAAGCUCUGGAGCAGAGAGAAUAGUAGUACAACAUAUGGCUAAAACCACCGCCGGCCCACCUUUCUUUUCACCUAUCUUCGCCAGACAUCAUCCUGCGAUCUCCACCCAAUCUACACCUUCCAAGCCAGAUAUCGGACCAUCCAAGCCUGCCAACAAUCAUGUGUGUACUGCACAAUGUCGACGAUUCGCUACUUCAGAAGAAAUGGUACAGUGUGGAAUAAUAGCCUUGCCCGUAUCGGCAUAUGAAAGUAAAGCGAAAUUCGGUAACGAAACUCCCGGUAAUACACGUACUGUCAUUGCUAUGAAAGAACGUUUUGUCAAAGAUCAACUCAACCCUUCUGUCAAAUGGUAUCACCAUAAUGAUUACUGUGACGGUUACCCUUGUAGAGGAGAUAUAUUCUUCUGUUCAACCCUGAAUCGAUGUUUCUACAAGGAACGUUGCGUCAAACACUAUGCCAUGCGCUCAAGAGAACGAUGUAUUCCUUUCAACGAUGGACUUGAUUUGUCUCCUGCAGCAGCUGCUUCUUCUUCCUCAUCCUCCUCACACCAAGAAGCUCGGGUCCCUCCGCCUUUCGCUGAUAUCCGUCUGCAGGAGUCAUCCAAUAAACGUCACAGUACAAUCCCCGAUGAUCCCGCACCCAUCAAACGAUCUCGAAUCGACGAACAGGAAGACAGACCCACUUCUCAACUUGAAGCUGCAGCAAGUAUCUCUUCGAAUCAAAACACCACCCCUCCUUCAGAACCCAAAACAUAUCUCCGAUUCAAUCUGUCACGCAAAGAUAUACCUGAACCUGGUUCUCAAAAUCAAGUCCAUCCCGAGCAAACUCUCCUCACCCCUUCAACAGGGUUCGAUCGCCUUUCACCUCCUCAACAGAAUGAACAGGAUCGACAAACUGAAAGAUCUGCUUCUCCGAACCCAGGUGAAGGCGAUGCUGGCAACGACGAAAUCGUUGCAAUGUGGAAAGGGAUGUACACUCAGACUAAAGGCGAAUUAGAUGCCACUACAGUUCGUUUACUUCAAGUUCAGGAUGAUCUUGUUGAAGAAAAAGAAAGGCGAGUAGAGCUUGAGAAAGCUAGAAGGGUUUCCGGAAACACGUUUCCUGUCUAUACCAAGGAUAAAGAGGAAAACAUGAGAUUGAAGAAACAGUUGGAUGAGGGAAAAAGAUCUGUUGCUCAAUUAUCUCAACAUCUCAACCUAGCUCACGACGAGCUCAGACAAUUGAAAGACACAGUGGAGAAGCUUCAUAUAGAAAGAGAAGCUUGGAAAGAUGAAUUUGAUAAUAUGGAAAAGGAGAGACAAGAACUGAAUAGGGCACGAAGGGAGAUUUCAGAAUUAUAUGCAGAACUCGGACCAAGAUUCGAAGCCUUCAUGGGUAGGCGAAAUUAUUUACCAGAAGAUGACAACUAUCAUGCGAAAACAGGUCCUCAUACCGAAGGCCGAUUAUCUCAUUCCACUUCGAUUACUCAACAAUUCCCUUCAACUUGCGAUGUUAGAUUGACAUCCAUCAAUAUGUACGCUAGAUAA